AUGGACGCUCUGGAAGCGGAUACGAAAGCUCAGGCGGAAGAGCUGAAGGAGCUGCGGGAGGAGAGGCGGUACUACACUUUUCAGUGUAUUUUUUCGUACAACUACAACCGUCCAGGGCCACACAGGAGGGGGUAAACACCAGGGCUUUUUUCUUCUUUUUCUUUCUUUUCAAACCCCACCGUCCUCCUGCGGUGCGUGCUGAAUUUUAUUUUUAUCGCGAGAAGGGUCCAGCCGUCCCUUUCCCUCGUCAACGCUGCUAACGUGGAAGUUUGGUACUCACGAGAGCUUUUCAGCUAUAUUUCGCUUUCACCCGCAAAUUUCGUAAAUUUUUCACCCCAUGGGGAUUC